UCUUUAAAAAUAAAACCUGAACAGAAAAGAGGAGAGAGAAAAUAGAAUUUGAGAUAGACGGAAAACCGCCGACUCGACUCAUUUUUCCUUCAUUCUCUCUUUCUCUCUCCUCUUUCCACAAUCAAAAUCAACGCCGCCAAAAUGAGCAACAACGACAACACCAACAACACCAACAACAAAGAUCAAUUAGACAUGUCUGAUCUCGCCGUCAACCUCCCCGCCGCCGCCGCAGCUUUGAGUGCAGAGGAUAGAGCUGGUCUUGUAAAUGCGCUUAAGAAUAAGUUGCAGCAUCUGGCUGGAGAACAUUCCGAUAUACUUGAAUCAUUAACACCUAACGUUCGUAAGCGUGUUGAAGCACUUCGAGAGAUUCAGGGUCAACAUGAUGACCUCGAGGCUAAAUUUUUUGAGGAGAGGGCUGCUCUUGAAGCUAAAUACCAAAAGCUCUAUGAACCACUUUACACAAAGAGAUAUGACAUUGUUAAUGGGGUCGUUGAAGUUGAAGGGAUCACAAAUGAAACCAUUUCAGAGCAAGGAGAGGAAAAAGCAGCGGAAGAGACAGGAGUACCGAACUUUUGGGUCACUGCAAUGAAGACCAAUGAAGUUUUGGCUGAAGAGAUUACAGAGAGGGAUGAAGGAGCUCUCAAAUAUCUCAAAGAUAUCAAGUGGGCCAGGAUUGAUGAUCCAAAGGGAUUCAAGCUUGAGUUCUUUUUUGAUACAAAUCCGUACUUUAAAAAUACUGUUCUUAGUAAAACUUAUCACAUGAUUGAUGAGGAUGAGCCAAUUUUAGAGAAGGCAAUAGGAACGGAGAUUGAAUGGCUUCCGGGAAAAUGUUUGACACAAAAGAUUCUGAAGAAGAAGCCUAAGAAGGGGUCAAAGAAUGCCAAACCUAUCACUAAGACUGAGAGUUGUGAAAGCUUCUUUAACUUCUUCAACCCUCCUCAGGUUCCUGAUGAUGAUGAUGAUCUUGACGAGGAUGCAGCUGAGGAACUUCAGAAUCUGAUGGAGCAAGACUAUGAGAUUGGAUCUACCAUUCGAGAUAAAAUUAUUCCCCAUGCUGUGUCUUGGUUUACUGGAGAGGCUGUUCAGGGUGAUGAGUUUGAUGAUAUAGAUGAUGAUGAUGACGAUGAUGAUGAAGGGGAUGAUGAUGAUGAUGAUGAGGAGGAGGAUGACGAUGAUGAUGAGGAAGAUGACGAGGACGAUGAGGAUGAUGUCGAGGUGGAAGUUAAGAACAGGAAGAAGCCAUCGUCUGGAUCUAAGAAGGGUGGAAGGGCUCAUUCUGGGCAAGGUCCAGCAGGUGAGCGCCCUCCUGAAUGCAAGCAGCAAUAGCUGUGCUUGUGGUAGCUGAAAAUGCAGGCUUGAAGGGUGUCUGGUCUACGUUGGUAUCCUAGAGGGGAUUAUGCCCUGGAGUUUUGAUAGUUGCAAAUCUUUAUGUUAUCAAUUGCUUGAUUCAUUGUGUCUUCCCAUUUUCCCUUUCGUGGAGGUUCUGUAAUGUGCUUGGGUCAUUGUGUCUUUUGCUCGAUUUGUGGGUUUGAAAGUGAAGAUUUAUAAUAUAUGGGUUAUUUAUAUAUAUUUAUUCUCUUCA